UGCGUGUGCUCCUCUCAGCAGGCGGCGGCGGCAGCAGCAGCGAGCGAGCGAGCGCCAAAUCGCCGGCGGCCGAGGCGUCUUGAGCCCCCGCCAUCCGGGUUCGUUCAACCAGAGGCCCUCACACACCACCUGCUCGACCGACUUCCAAAGAUAGGGAUGUUCAGGUCCAAGAGCGAGAGGCAUGGCAGCACCGGUGACAGGAUCAGCGCCCUCCCUGACGACCUGCUCCACCACGUCAUGUCCUUCCUGACGCCGUGGGAGAUUGUUCAGACAUGCUUGCUCUCAAGGCGGUGGCGAAAUGUCUGGGUAUCUGCAAGGUGCCUCAGCAUCGACUCGGACCAGUUCAGCACCUUGAGGCAGCUCAAGAAGUUUCUUGACAAUUUGCUUUUGGACCGCGGGUACACAGCGCUCCACACGUUCUGGCUCCGCAUCAACUUUGGCAUAUUUUAUCCCGAUUCUAUAGAUGAUUAUUGUCAAAUCCGUCCGUGGGUCUGCCAUGCCCUUAGGAGCAACGUCCAGGUUUUAGGUAUAGUCCACCAUGGAGAAAUUCUUACCAUUGGAAAUGCCUUCACCUCGUCGUAUCUCAAGAGGUUACACCUACGCAAUUUUGACGUUGAUGACUGGUUUGUCGAGAAGCUGUUUUCUGGAUGCCCUAAGUUGGAAGAGUUAGAGCUGAUAUGCUGUUUCGUUAACAUCAUCAAGUUUUCCUCUACCAAACUUCAGAGAUUGACUGUUACCACUACUGAUGAUCGUUCAAUAUCUUGCUUGGGCUUUGAAGAUAUGGUAAUAGAUAUGCCAAAGUUAGUUUCCUUAGACAUAAAGGAGGUUCCUGAUAGAAAUCUGUAUUUCGUGGAUGUGUCAUCGUUGGAAACUGCCUCAGUUUGCAUUGAUGAAUCCUCUUUCGCAAGUUCUCAAGUCGACUGCAAUGUUCUCAGUGCUCUUUCAAACGUCACCAGCUUGAGGUCACUGUCUCUAACUGUCCGUCACAACGUGGCAAUAAAGGUAUUGGAAAGGGAUGUGCUAAGGUGUGCUACAUUCAACAGCCUGACAACUCUAUCGCUUGGUGAAUGGUGCUUGGGCUCUGGCUGCAGUUCGUUACUUCACUUGCUUCAACGAUCGCCUAAAAUACAGAAACUUAUCCUGCAUCUUACAGAUGUUGGUGCUUCUCAGUGUGAUCACCCUGAGCAACAUGCUGUCGUAGUAGGAGAUCCAACCUGCAGUGAAACACAAAGACCAUUCAAUUGUGAGAAUCUUAAGAAAAUCGAAAUCAACUGCCCACUAGGUGAUAAGAGAAUCCACGUCAUUGUGAGGAUCUUGUAUGAGAACAUUAACUCUCCGACAGAAAUUAAUAUCACGAGCCAUUAGCUAUUUAUAGGGGUCAGCAUGUACUGUAAGUUUUCUACAGCCCAACUAGCAACUAUGCCAGUAAUAUAUUGUUUUUUUUGUAUGCUUUUACAGUUGGACCAAUAACACCAUUUCCACUUGUUGUAGCUGACACUGGAUUUUCAUGGCGGUGGUCAUCAGACUAUGGACUAAAAGUGUUUCUGAUUCCUGCAGGACUUCUGCUCCGUUUGUGGCUUGUUUUGUUUAACUGCCACAUGCCCACAUGUUUGUGCUUGCUGUUAUUCUUUAAUUAACGACUCCCAAAAAUUUAUCUUUGACAUUUACGGAAUAUCCCAUAACUGUUAUGGUAAUUGGUUGGUAUGUGUUUAUCGUAACUCGGUUAUCAUGUAGACAUCUACACAUCGAUUCCUGACGAGGUAUUUGAAUCUUGUGAAUGUCAGAAAAGUCAGUUUAUUUUCUAGUAGGUAGCAUGUGAGAGGUCUGUGUUUUAGGACCAACUUGUUCUGGCUCUUAGUAUUAGUUGCUUAAGCGCAUUGCCAGAAUUUCAUUCG